AUGUCAGAAGAAACGCCUCAGCUGGAGACAUCAGCAUUCAAGUAUCCAAAGCCCUUCUGGCCGGAAUCGGCUUCCGUGUCAAAGGAUGGAGUAUACCAACCGGUGGACACAAUCAACAUCACCGCCAGGUCGUUCAUUGGAAGUGCCCUUUUCUUGGGAGGAACCCAGUUUAGAAGACUGCUACAAUUCAGAAGAGGUUCUGCAAGACCAGGAUUGGCUAAAUACCUGAAUAUGUUCCAACUGACGAAGCCACAGCUUCUGGGGCUGCCAGUGGGCAUUGGAGCAUAUGCCUUUUUGUCCAGCUCCAUACAGAACAUCCAGGAAACCGACAAGUCAUUCACAGGAGAGUUUGCUGCAGCCUCGCUAGCAACCCUAAUUACCUCCUCUAUUGCUAAUGCGUCCAAGGGGGUUGCGAGAAACUUGCAGCUCUCGGUUGGUGUAGGAUCGUUUUUUGCACUUCUGGCCUGGGGUAAGGGACUCGGUGGUUUGGCCGAGAAUUCCUACAACCAGACGAAGCUGGAUGGAAGACUCAACAACCAGGAAGACGCCCAAGUCCCACUGGAGAAACCUCAAGGGUUCUGGGACGUGGUCUACCGCAGACCGCUGUCGGUGACUGUGGAGGAGUUGGGUGAGGGGCGUGGUAUUUUGAAGCCAUGA